AUGGAGGAUCUAAAGAAUGGGCAUCGACAGUCGUCGCCUCUCACUGGGAUCAAAGUUACAUUUGCUAUCGUUGUGAUAGCUACAGCCUUGGCCUGGGCCUAUCUCACGUAUUCAGAGACAUCAAUGUUUUGUCCACAACAAGGACAGACUCUCCUCGUGUCGGAUUCGGCAGCACCGCAAUCAGCUUUAACGUGUCCUCCCUGUCAGUACAAAGAAGAAAAAGUAGCGCCAUCUUCAAACACCGACUGGUUUACUCAUGUGGGGGAGGAGGACGACGCUGAGGCCAUGCUGAGAGGAAUCUCUUACAUAACUCGAAGGACAAUCAGUUCUCCAAAGCAGCAUCUGCUUGGAGGAAAUCCUCUACUAGGAGGCGACGUCGGACGACUCGAUGGUGCAUGGCCAGUUGCGCUCACUGUCUAUUCUUUUGGCAUCAAUUACGAUUUCUCAUUCGAUGAUGCUGUCGCAGAUGCUUAUGGAUGUCAAGUCUUUUCCUUUGAUCGCAAGUUACCACUACCGGUUUUGGGACAAGCUACAAUGACAAAUGAUACUCACAGAAGGUCGGAUAAAGUCAUGUUUUACAAGAUUGGCCUCUCAGAUACGAGUGGCGUUAACGAUCAAGGCUGGAACACGACAACUGUGAAAGAGACGAUGGCCACGUUGGGCCAUGACAGAAUCGAUGUAUUCAAAAUGGAUAUUGAAGGUUUGGGCAAAUCACAUAUUUCACUCGUCAAACACAGAUUACUUACUCUUCUCCUUCCAAAUAAUGAAACUCUCACAGGUGGAGAGUGGCCUGUGUUGAAACAAUGGCUGGUAGAGCAACCAGAAGUGCUGGCGAAGAUUGACCAACUGUCAUUGGAAAUCCACUUUGAUUGGCGAAAGGCUUCAGAUCAAGCUGAUAUGCUCAGAGACUUACAAGCCAAGGCUGGCUUGAGAAUAUGGAAUUGGCAUACGAAUCCGCUGGUCGGGUCUUUGAAUUUAGGCAACAUUAAGCCAAUGCAGCUAGCGUUCCUGUAUGAAGUUUCCUUCAUGCGACCAGCCAACUGA